UUUAACUAGAAAUAAUAGAUUAAAAAUGCGUGCAGUGUUGUUACUUUGUGCUCUAGUGCAUUUAGUGGUGGGACAAGAUGUUAAUGACAUGGUAAACAUGCCUAAAUACGAUCAGAGAUACGAUUAUUUGGACGUCGAUGCAAUUUUCACGAACAAGAGACUCGUUAGGAACUAUGUGGAUUGUUUGAUUAAUGCUGUUCGGUGCACGCCUGAAGGAAAAGCGCUGAAACGAAUACUCCCAGAAGCGUUGAGGACGAAAUGUGUCCGCUGCACAGAGCGACAGAAGAGAACAGCAGUGAAGGUGAUCAAACGGCUGAAGAACGAGUAUCCUGACGAAUGGUCCAAGCUUGCUUCCCGGUGGGACCCCACUGGGGACUUCACCAGAUACUUCGAAGAAUUCCUCGCUAAAGAACAUUAUAACACCAUCCCAGGAUCAGGCAGUGCACUCCCCACGUCAUCGCCGUUAGCACCACCACGUGUACCACAAUCACCACCAGCUACCAACCCGACUCCAGGCCCCACGGAGCCUACCCCACCGAGGCCUAUUGUACUGAACAGGUUUGGUGACGACGGCGAGCUGAUGAUGGGCAGUCCGUCGUCAGCGGGUAUUACUCCGAGACCGAUGACUCAGGCCACUACGAGACCCAGCACUACCACGAGGCCGCCUAGUACUAGGCCUGUACCACCCAGACCGACAAUGAUGACAUGGGCUGGUGCAGCGUCCAACACGCAGGCGACGCGUUUCCCAUUGCGGCCUGUAUCAGAAAUAUCACCACCAUACUCCACGGCCAUUACCCUCAUCGACCAGAUCGGAUACAAAAUAAUAAAGACAACAGAACUUGUCACCGAUUUACUCAGGAACACCGUUAGAGCUGUCGUUGGUCGGUAGAUAUCUUUAAAAAAAAAUUGCUCAAUAAUAACAUGUCAAGUAGGUAUAAAAGGCCUUAUUUCCAGUUAAAAAAAGUUUUGACGUAAAUCCAGUGUAGAAGUCGGCCAUACUGAAUUGUCUAUAGCCGGUUUUCCCUCCAUUUUAAUUUCGUGAAAAAACCACCGACCUUUGGUCACGUUUGGCAAUUAAAAUAGUUUACUUUAUUACUUUAACAGCAUAUUACUGUGAGAUUAUAAUAAAUAAGAAAUAAUUCUACAUAAGUUUAUUGUAUGUAGGAAAUUACGAAUUAAUUAAGGCGUAGGCCUAUUGUAAUUUGUCAUUAAUUUUAAGUAUUAAAUUAUUAUAAUUUAGGUCGAUAUUACAAUUAAGUAAGCUAAUU